GCAGAAUGAGGUGGUUGCUGGCUACGAUCGGCCUCAUACAUCUGGCAUGGGGCCAAAAAAUCGUCACGAAAGGAAGAACAAUCACGGUGAAUGAAGGAUCGCAACUCGAGCUUCCGUGCUAUGUGCAAGAUUUAGGAUCAGAGUCGAUAAUUUGGCGAAGAAAGGAGAACGCUCUGUUUAUCGACGAGGAAAACCUGGCUGAGGAUGAGCGCAUGCAGGUCAUCAAAGACGGAUCGAAUUCCACGCUAACCAUAUCUGACGUCGAACCAAUGGACAUGAGCGACUACGUAUGCGCCGUAUCCGAGCCACAACAAGAAAUUGUCUACAAAAUUAUUGUCCAUUCUCCACCAAGGGUUGUGAUCUCCCCGGAUGAGCCCGAAUAUCUGGUGUCAGUGGGCGAUGAGCAGGUCGUUGUUAGAUGCCUAGCCAAAGGCAAUCCAACGCCUUCAAUCAAGUGGACGAGAAAGGACGGCAAGAUGCCUUCGGAUAUCACAAUUCGAGGACCGCAGCUCGUCAUUGCAAAAGCGAAAACAACACAUUCGGGGGAGUAUGUAUGCACGGGAAACAAUGCCGCUGGAAGUGACUCCGCAUCACUGCGAAUACAAGUAAACGAACGAGAAGAUGCGGCAAAACACGAAGCGCCAUGGGUGAAAACAGAGUUCCCCUUCGUUCCUGUGAAAAAGAAUACUGACAAGAAUAUCUCGUGUUCGUAUGACGGCACGCCAUCUCCGCAAGCUGAGUGGUUCUUCAACGGGUACAAAAUCAACUUCUCUGAGGAACGUUUUCGUAACACUGCACAGUAUGCUCAACGAAGUGCCAACCAUACUAAUGCUAUCUUGUCCAUAGUUGGAAUAAAUGAAGAUUUAUUCGGCGACUACAUGUGCCGAAUAUCAAACAACUUGGGCUCAGCAUUUGCUGUGAUUCACGUCAGCGGUCGUCCUGGACCACCUACGGUCACAGCUGAUGGUUCCGACUUGACUUGGUCGGUACGAGCGUACGAACCGGUAAUUGAAUACCGAAUCUACUACAGGCCCGAGAACGCAGACGAAUGGAACAAGUACGAGAGCAUUCGAGCCGCGAAGGGUGACAACAACGGCGAUGACAUAUGGCAACACAGCGUGUCGUUACUGCCGUAUCUUCAAGCUGGUGUACGGUACGAAGUCACUGUAAAAGCACGAAAUGCUCUAGGAUGGGGAUCGUUUGCACGGGAAAAUCUGCACAUCGAAAUUCCGGCUGAUACAGUUGAGAGGACGUCAUCCGCACAAAUCUGCUCGACACUGCUCGCUUUACUGCUAACAUUUUUACUUGGAUUUUGAAGACCGGCAAGAUUGCAGCCAGCUGCCGCUACUAGCUGGUUUUACUCUUAGGAAAGAGACUAUAACGAGAGAUAGUAAUAGUCGAGCAUGCAAUAAUCUGUGGUAAAAUUUGUGUACGUGCGUUAAUCUCUCUCUUGUUCUUGUUCUUUUGCUAGAGCAUAAUCCUAUAUACGAACUUUCAUCACGAAUACUCAACCCUUACCAAAUUUUGCCUUCUACAAGCUGCCAUGAGGCUAUCGUACCUCGGAACUUUAUCAGGAACUAGACCACAAAUAUCAAAUAACUUGUAGAGCUCGCAAAAGCUGUGUGAGGUACUUUGCAGUGAUUAGGGUUUACUUGCACAACACUAUAGUCCAUACGCAGUUGUGUCGCACUGAUUCUGUGCUCUUAGCCGUUCGUGUCUGUGUUCGCAACCGUCCGCACCCAAUCACUUUCAACACCAAGCUUUCACUUUAGUCCCCUUAGUUGGCCAUUCUCUUUCAAUCCAGACUUCUGGAUAUUUUUACCGUGCUUUUUAGCGCUUUCCAGGCUCUGUUAUGAAACCCGUUUUUUGUCAAAUUAUUUUCGACAUAGCGUCAUAUACGCGUACCGGGUGUUGCGUUUUCGUUUGUUUUUCCAUUUAUUUUCAUUCUGAUCGCGUAACUGUACACAUAGAAACUUGAAAGAACUCCGACUAGGUGUUUAUGAUAUUACUAGUUAUGAGGAUUGUAAAUUAUGUGCAUGUCAUUGUUUAUCCUCGUGUUUGAGAUGCUCUCCAAGAGACUCCAUCUUUCAUUCGGUGUGUUUUGUAUCUUGCCCAUGUGAUCUGUCAUUUAUCUAUUCGAAGUUCAUGUCUGAAUUUCUGGUGUAGUCAAUCGUACGAAAUUUGUUCCUACUGCAGUCACUAGUGUCAUUUUGUGACAAUAUUUCCUCGUUGUGAGAGAUUCUUCAAUGAAUGUUCGAUAUUGCAAUAAAAACUUCAAUU